AUGAAGCACUCAAAAGAAGAAUCCCAAACAAAGCCGGAAAAGUAUCGCUUAGAUGGCCACGGAAGAGUUCGACUUUGCAUGUUCACUAGCCCCGCCAACCAAGCCCCCGUGCCAACAGAUCCAGUAGAAUACGAGAGAGUCCGGCAGAGAUUGAUGACGGAGCGAGACGCUAAAAACAAUAUUGCCGGAUUGGGGGAUAUCACCCUCAUGUCAGAAGGCUCUGAGUAUGAGCAAGAAACCUUGACUGAGGACUCAAUGAUCACGGAGAACUUGAACGUGGAUUCCGAAGAAAAGCCGGAAAAGUAUCGCCUAGAUGGUCUCGGACGUGUUCGACUUUGCAUGUUCACUAGCCCCGCCAACCAAGCUCCCGUUCCAACAUGUCCAGUCGAAUACGAAAGGAUCCUAUUAUAA